AUGAAGUAUAUUAUAGAGCAUAUGGAAGAGGGAUUCUCUGAAUGGGUCAUUUUAGAAUAUACCCAAAUCAUUAAAGAAGUCGGAAAGGAAAAUUUGAUCCUUAGUUCCUUACCUGAAAAUACCACUGAGAAGGAUAUACCCCAGAGAUUACUUGAUUUAGGUUUACAAUGGACUACUAAGGAAUGUAUCGAUGUUGAUGAUGGGAAAGUUAAUAAAUCAAAUGUUUGUUUAUUGGAUCCAGCUGCUACUGUCGAGUUGACCCCAUCUGAUUCCACCAAGUUUGAAUAUUUUGUGUUUGGAGGUAUUUUAGGAUCUCAUCCAAGAAUUGAUAGAACUGGACUUUUAAGAGAAAAGUAUGGUCUUGAAGGUAGAAGAUUAGGAGCAUUACAAAUGACAACUGAUACUGCUAUAAGAACCACUCAAAUAAUUAUCCAAGAUCAAGUUAAAUUCGAAGAUAUCAAAUUCAUUGAUUAUCCUGAAAUUAGAUAUAACAAAUAUGAAGCUACGGAGAUGCCAUUCAGAUAUGUGAUUGAUAAAAAUGGUGAACCAAUCUUGCCUGUUGGUAUGUUGGAUUUAAUCAAGAACGAUGCCGAUCAAUCUAUUGAUGAUUUGUUACUUGAAUAG